UGCCGCCUGAUGAUGACGCAGGAGCCGACGUCCUCCCGCGGCUCCGCUCCGGUCGUUAAAAACGGGGAUUUAAAAGAGCCGCUUUCCUCCGUGAACCGGACCGUGUGGACGGACACGGCGAGGCCGACGGCAUGGACACGGCGGUCCGUGAAGUCCACAUCUCGUCUGAGCCUGACUCCUCCUACUUCCUGCGGGUGGACUGGAGGGGGCGGGGCUUAGCUUCAGGCUUCCAGUUGCUGCUGACUGAUGGUCGGGAUGCUUGGAGAGGAGACGUGAGUGCUGCAGCCGUGUGCGCUGAGGCGGAGGAGCUGGAGAUGCAGACGGAGAGGUACGUCCAGGACCUCCAGCAGGCGCUGACCGACACAGAAAGCUCCGUCACCUACAGCUUCAGCCUGACGCCGUCUCCGCCCGACCACAGCUCCACCGUCACGCUGGCGUACGAGAAGGUUCAGAAGGACAUCUCUUUCAGGUUGGGUUCUGUUUCGCUGAAGGCCGUCCUGGAGCCGGCGGAGGCAGUGAGAGAGCUGCUGAUCCACGGCCUGCAGAGGGGAAACACACUGCAGCAACACAACCAGAGACUAGAGGAGGAGAACCAAAGACUGAGACGAGAGCAGCAACGCAUCACUGCAGAGCUGAAGCGCUACGCGCGGGGUAAGGAAGCCCUGGAGGAGGAGCUGUACUCUCGGUUUGUUCUGGUCCUGAACGAGAAGAAAGCCAAGAUCCGCAGUCUGCAGGAAACUGUCACACAGCUGCAGGAAACCAGGAGUCCUGAUGGACAGAAAAAGGAGCGUUCAGCAAAAUCAGACCAAACAGUAACUCAGGAGGACGACGACGAAUACGGAGGGAGCACUGACGAGGAGCCAGAAGAAGUGCAGCCGACGCCAGCCUCCACGUUAUCAACCCGAGAGUCCUGCACUGCGAGCCCAUUGGACGACAGCCUGAGGGACAUCACAGACGUGGCCCCCUGUCGAAAGAGGCGCUUUCGUCACCUCGGCGGCCCCGACCGCGACCCGGCGGUGAAAAAGCCGAACACGCAGAGAACGAGGGCCGACCCCCCAUCAGGAUCCAGUAAGCCGCAGACUCCCCAGCGUUCUACAGAUGCUGCAGCAGCAAGUUCAGCAGCUGAGGACCUGUUUGAGGACUUCUGACCCUUUCGACACGCCGUCUUAUUUUUUCAUUCUGAAUUUACGUGUUCGAGGUCGUGGAUUGUGAUUUCUAAGAGUUCAUAUACCGUUAUGUUCUCUCUGUCUGUGUUCUCGUUGGUGUUCAGCCACCUAAAGGAUUUCUGAAAUCACAAGAACCAGUGGACUAUUUUUAAGUAAAACUAGAACCACUGAAAGGAACUCUAAAGAAUCAUGAGAACCACUCCAAGGAACCUCAGAUCUUCCUAGAUAAAGAACCCCCUAAAGGACCAAAAGAGAACCCUAGCACAGUGUAAUGGUCGACUAGAACUACCUAAAGAUCCCUAAAGAAAUGCUAGAACCACUCCAAUUAAGCCCAGAACCUCUAGAGGGUUGCUGCAACCACCUAAAGACUUCAAAUGAUCACCAGAUCCACCUAAAGUAAGCCUAGAACAUCGUAAACAACCAUAAAACCAACUAAAACUCCUAAAGGAUCUCUAGAACCCACCCACAAGAUCCCUGAAAUCACAAGAACCCAUGAAGUACUCUUCAGAAACACUAGAACCACCUAGAGGAAAUGUAAAACCUUCUAAAGGUUCAUGAGAGCCACCUUAAGGAAUUUAAUCACAAGAACCACUGACAGAACAUUAUAACCUCCUAAAGGACGACAGAGAACCUUAGCAUAUAACGGACGACUACCUAAAGAUCACUAAAGUGAUGCUAGAACCACCUCAGUUGACCCUAGAACCUCCUAGGGGGUCGCUGCAACCACCUAAAGGUUCUAAAUGAUUGAUAGAACCACCUAAAGAAACCCUAGAACAUCGUCAUUAGUCCAAGUAUCAUAGUCUAGUGUUGCUGGAAUCAACUAUGAUUGCCUAAAGAAGCUCCUGAUUGGCCACUAGAACCGAUCUGGUGGCCUUCAUGUCCUCGUCUGUACUCACCUGUCUUCAGGUGUUUCCUUCAUGUUGUCACCUGUCUGAGGUUCUGCUGGACCGGGACGUAUUUUAAACACUGGGAAGAAUCAAUGCACUUCAUGAACAUUUGUACCAAUAAAAUGUUAAUUUGUCA